CCUCAUCGUCUCAUCUCUUUUCAUCAUCCUUCUGUCAGUAUGUAAGUGUAUACGCGUCUGUAUGAAGGUGUGAGCUCGGAUCCUGAAACCUUACACUGGGAUUCAAAAACAUGGCAGACGCUGAAGGAAUGCUUGCAUCUGUUGAAAGCAACCUGAGCAUGGCUCUGAAAAACAACUCAUACACAGUCUCCCGUCCAGACUGGCUGUUGUAUGUGGUUCCUUCGAUUGCCUUUGUAUUAGGAGUGUUACUGUUCUCACUGGUCUGCAGAACACAGCGUCGCAAAGAGACAGAAGCAUUACGGCGAGUUGCUGCGUUAAAGACCAUCAUGAACACCACCUCAACAGGACACACAUACACAAGGUACACAAGUCAAAAACCCAUGGGAAAAGAGAAUAAAGACUCAAGCAAACUACAGAACUCCAGCGGAACUCAAGGAAAUCUCACAAAACAAGAUGCCCAGUCUUAUGAGAAUGUUACAACGGUUAUCUACAGUAAUGAGGAGAAAGUUAACUACUGCGUCCUUCCAGAUGAAGAUUAUAUCACUCCUGAUGCAGUGGCAGACGAAGUGACAAAAAUCAGCAACAGCAACUAUCUUCAACUUGCAGACACCGAUGGAGAGUCAUAUGAAAACAUGGAAGGGUGUGUGUACGCUCAUCCUCGCCAACACACACUAAAGAAUGCACUCAGGGCUGAGGACGAUGAUUAUAUUAAUCCUGAUGAAGAGGACAAACACAACCUGGAACAGACAGACACAGAGUCCUAUGAGAACAUGGCUGGCUCUGUGUGUCCCAGCACAGAAACACACACCAACACACACACUGUGGAUGAAGGCUGGUAUGAGUGCAUGGACAGAAGACGAAGAUGCGAGAGACAGACAUGAUACAUGGUGACAUGAGGCGGUGAAAGGACGUGGACACACACACACACACACACAUUACUUUUAUCCGAUCAGUACAUAGUAACACAGGACAGAAAUAAAAGAUAUUACAGAAUACAGAAAUACAUCAUCUUACAGUUAAAUCAUGGACUGGAUCAAGAUCCUUUUCGUCACCCCUCCGUCUGUAAGCCCCCGAGGACCAGUCCCCGUCAUGGACAUGUCCUCGGCUGCCGUAUAUGAAGACCAAACGUCCACACCGAAAUGUUAUUCAGGAGCAGAUGGUACUUUCAUCAUGAAGGCUUUCUUGAGGUGAUACUCAAACCUGCAGCCUACUGCGAAGACUAACACCUGUCUGAACUCUUCUUUACACACCAGUGUCUGGAGUAUUUGCAAAAAUGAAUGAAUGAAUGAAUGAAUGCUUGUUCGAGGUUGAACGUUGCAGGUUUGACACAACAUUGCUUGUACAUUUUCACAGAAGCAGCUAAACGGAUUGAUAUUUCUUUUGUUAUGAGAGAUCCAGGAAGUCCGGUGGGAAGGACAUGUGAUUGAGAUUUUACUCCACACUUCAGAAUGUCCUCAGUGAGCGUGUACACUACCGUUCAAAAGUUUGGGGUCACUUUGAAAUGUCCUUAUUUUUGAAAGAAAAGCACUGUUCUUUUCAAUGAAGAUCACUUUAAACUAAUCAGAAAUCCACUCUAUACAUUGCUAAUGUGGUAAAUGACUAUUCUAGCUGCAAAUGUCUGGUUUUUGGUGCAAUAUCUCCAUAGGUGUAUAGAGGCCCAUUUCCAGCAACUCUCACUCCAGUGUUCUAA